CGACAACCCAAACACCGGCGCUAACAUUUACCUCGACAUGUUAUCAACGACACAGUCAUGGACAAGGCAAAGUCACUUACCCAAGUGCAUCACCUUCCACUUCAGGCACUUCCGAAUCUGUGUCACCAGUACACGUCCUCUCUAGUAUCUCGCCUCCACCAGGAUCGACAUCAGCACCCUCCUCCUCACCCUCCGUCCACCACCACUCUGAUCCGGCAGACGAUCCCUUCUCCCCCCCGCGUAUCCCCAUCGCCUGCUCGAUCUGCCGCCGACGGAAGACGAAAUGCGAUGGUACGCGACCCAACUGCGGGAACUGUGUACGCCGGGGUGACGUGUGCGAGUACGAGCUAGUGCAGAAGCGUCGUGGGCCGGAUAGGAAGCCGGGGACGAGAGUCAGGUCGGUGUUUAGCAAGAGACUUGUGCUGGAGGCUGGGGGUGUGCUGCCUGUUGUUCAGAAGAAGAGGAAGAGGGAGGGUGAGGAGGAGAAUCGGGAUGUGACAGUGAGGAGAGGCCGUUCUGGGUUUAGUGACGUUAGUUCUAAAAGGAAGAAUAUCAAGUUAGAGUACGAAGAGCCCCCCUCGCCUAUGCCUUUCCCCGCUACGGAGUUCUCCCAGCAAUCGUUCGCGGACAUCCUCCACCCUGCAGCGUACAUCACCGAGUUACUAGACGAGGGGUGGUCGAAGAUCCGUGAGGAGAUAGAAGCAGAGGCAGAGAAAAGAGUAGGAGAGGCAGAGGCAGAGAUCAUCCGCCAACCCAGCGUCGACUUUGCUCGCAAGACGUGGUGGGACUGUCUGCUGGACAUGUACGCCAGCAAUAGGGAGACAUCGUACAAGCAAAUCCAGAGGGACAUUGCCUACGUGUUCAACUUUUCGCCCUACUUCAUCUCCUACUUCAAUGUCCCUCUCUUCUGGUCAACCUUCCAUUCACCCAAACAGAGAGACACCCUCCAGCCCUCGCUCAUCAUAUCCUUCCUAGCGCUGGCGACGUUCAUGCGUUCAUCGGAACUCGGCGCAGGGCUCACAGGGCGCCAACGCGCACUCCAGAUGGCCGAGAUAGCCAGAGCCCACCACCAGUCCUCCAUCGACGCAGGGUGGAUCGACGCCGGCAUCGCCCAAGCAGCAUUCAUGCUCACGCUAUUCGAGAUGUGCCCGCACCCGGCGUACACAGCGCACAGGCUCACCAGCAGCUUUUGGGUCCUCGAUGGCGUACUCACCGCUCUUGGCUGGCCGAGCAUGGAUGCACCCGAUAGCGAUGCGGCGGUGUUCAUCCCCGGCAUGGUACCUUCCGUCAAAUCCUCACUUGGAGAACCCACGCAGACCAAGCUCGUUCCCUCUUCCCCGGCAGCAGGAACAGGCUGCUCGUGCAUGCGCGUCUCCCUUAUCGCCUACUCCGAGCGGGCAGCAAACAUCACCCCUCUCUGGGCAGCCACGCCUGCCUGGGAUCCGGACUGGACCGAGCUCGAAAUACGGCGAGAAGAAGCUCGUCGACUCGUGUGGAACUCACUCAACCUCAUGUCGGGGCAUACGAGUCUCACGCUCGCUGCUGGCGAAAUGGCUGCAGACUACGCCUGCACGCGGCCGGAAAACUACGCACUGCUUUUCCCUGGGGAAACGCUACUCCGCUCGCCGGCCUGGAAGGGGAGGGAGACCCAGCAUCCGAGGGACUCGGUCUGGGGCGUUUAUGCCCGCCUGGCACUGUUGUACGGCGCGUGCUGGCGCUACUUUGAACACGAUGCGUCUUCUCCCCCGCAGACUAUGGCUCGGAGGCCCGCGUUGUGGUCCGGCGUACCUGCGCUGGGUAGCCUGGUCCAGAGGACUGAGAGCGACAAGGCACAGUUUGCGUAUCGCGCGUAUGUGGAGACGCUUGUCCUUGAGGACAUCCUGGACCGGCAUGGGUGUAUGGGGGAGGGGUCCACACUAUUCCAAGGCAGAGAGUUCCUCUUCAAGAUACGCGUCAUCAUUAGCCAGGGGUUUACAAAGCAUUUCCCCUUUCCGGAGACGGAAAUCAACCUGGCGUUCCAUAAGCGCAAAGCCGAGCAGUGGCUUCGCCACCAGAUGAACCUCGCCCAGCGGCUCAUGCAAGGUCUCAACUCCGUAACGGGGAUGCACGCGUCUGACCUCCGACUCCGGCCUUUCCUCCUUUGGUACUUCGCCCUCCAGAGCCAGCGCUGUCUACAGUUUCACACCACCGACCCCUCCCUCACUGUUGCCCUCGACGUGGCAGACGCGUGGAUGAUGCCUGUGGACUAUUUGACCCAAAUAUGGCCUUGUGCGAACCUGGACCCGUUCUUUGAAGAUCUGAGGUCCAAGAUCCUUCGGGCGAGGCUUGCAGCGGGAAUGCCGCCUUUCCUUCCUCGAGGAAAGCCGAUCGAGUUCGUAAACCCGCUCCUGUCUGAGCCGUCCGCUGCUACCUCCGCGACCUGGUCAUGA